AUGAUAGAAACAAGUAGAGAUGGAACCAAUCUUAGUGGAACAACGGUUUCUGCAGAAGAUAGCUUUUUUAUAAAAGUAAUGAACAGUUCAGUGGAUAUUCGCAGAAUUUUAGCCAUAAUUGGUGCACUGUACUGGAUUUUUAUGACUGUAUUUAUAGUUCCGAUUACAGUCACUGCUACUUUUCUAAUUGUUAUGCUACCAGUUUUAUGUUUUAGCAAUUCUUGGUUUAAUUGGCUUGAUCACAAAUUGUGUCGUAUGGUUAACAAUCAUUGGAGUUCGGCGUUACAAAUCACAGGCACGAAAAUUAUUGAAUAUGGAGACGAUAUUUCAAAGAUUACUGAAAAUCGUGUCUUAUUUCUAGCAAAUCAUUUGGGUAUUGCUGAUCAUUUCGUGAUAAUGUCAGCAUUACGUGAUAAAGGAACUGUUGUUGAGAAGUACCUUUGGGUAAUAUUCAAUAUUUGGAAAAUGACUCCGCUUGGUGUGAUGUGGGCUAUUCAUGGCAAUUUUUUCGUCAAAAAUGACAAAGCAAAACGAGAAAAAAUGAUUGAAAAUUUUAAAAAACAUUUAAUAUUAAAUUAUUGGAAAUAUGAUCAUCGAUGGAUAAUUAUGUAUCCCGAAGGCGCUAGAUUAUAUCUGAUCAAAAAACGUAAUGCUCAGUAUGCGAUUCGUGAAGGUUACAAAGUUUUCCGUCAUUGUGCACUUCCACGUUCAGGAGCUGCUCAUGCAGCUCUGCAAGUAACAACUGAUUCUGCUAAUUAUUCUGAUAAUGGAGUAGGUUGUGAUGCUUCUCUCGAUUACAUUGUUGAUUGCACGUUGGGUUAUCAAAAAGGUAAAGUGCCGAGUAUUGCUGCUUGGAUGUUUGGUGAAUUUCUUGAUGGUAUACCGAAUGUUGCUGUACAUUAUAGGAUCCAUCAGACAAAAGCUGAAUGGAAAAAUGAAGAAGCAUUACGAGAUUGGUUGUAUAAAAUUUAUGAAGAAAAGGAUGAGUUAUUGGAUAGAUUUUAUAAUACAGGUGCAUUUCCAAUGGAUUCCCGAGAGCAUCCGGUCGUAUUACAUACCUCAAUAUCCAAAUGUUUAUAUGUUGAAGUAUUCUGGCUUGUAUUGUUUUAUAUUCAUUAUGUAUUAUGGUUGAAGCCAGUUGGUAAUCUAAUUUAUCGUUGUUGUGCUAUUUUAUGGUUUGCAGUAUUGAACAUGUUUUUGGAUUAUUGA